AUGGCACAAUUUGAGGCCAUUCCCACUUCUCCUAUCAUUAGUUACUUGGAAGAAGCGGCCAACAUCCACCUCUCUACAGCCUCCUUUCAGGUACUUGUAGAGAUUGAUAAGGUAUCCCCAGUUCCCUUAGCUGCUCCCCAUAGUGCUUGUGCUCCAAACACUUUACCAGAUUUUCUGGACGUGCUCCAGGUCUUUGACGCUGUUCUUGUAGUGGAGGGCCCAAAACUGAACGUUACCUGUGCAAAUUUAACAAAUGGAGGUAAAUCAGAACUCCUCAAAUCAGGAAGCUCCAAAUCCACACUAAAGCACAUAUGGACAGAAAGUAGCAAAGACUUGUCCAUCAGCCGACUGCUGUCACAGACUUUUCGUGGAAAGGAGAACGAUACAGAUUUGGACCUGCGAUAUGAUGCCCCAGAAACUUAUACUGAGCAAGAUCUCUGGGACUGGCUGAGGAACUCCACAGACCUACAAGAGCCUCGGCCCAGGGCAAAGAGACGGCCUAUUGUCAAGACUGGGAAAUUUAAGAAAAUGUUUGGCUGGGGCGAUUUUCAUUCCAACAUCAAGACUGUGAAGCUAAAUCUGUUAAUAACAGGGAAAAUCGUUGACCAUGGCAAUGGGACGUUUAGCGUUUACUUCAGGCAUAACUCCACAGGUCAAGGGAAUGUAUCUGUGAGCCUAGUGCCCCCUACAAAAAUAGUGGAAUUUGACUUGGCACAACAGACAGUGAUUGAUGCCAAAGAUUCCAAGUCCUUUAACUGUCGAAUCGAGUACGAAAAGGUUGACAAGGCUACCAAGAACACACUCUGCAACUAUGACCCUUCAAAAACCUGUUAUCAGGAGCAGACCCAGAGCCACGUGUCAUGGCUCUGCUCCAAGCCCUUUAAAGUAAUCUGUAUUUACAUUUCCUUUUAUAGUACAGAUUAUAAACUAGUACAGAAGGUGUGUCCUGAUUACAACUACCACAGUGACACACCCUACUUCCCCUCAGGGUGAGGAUAAACACAUGUCUGAGACUGAAGCCUGGGGAAUAAAAGAAUUCGUAUGACAGGGCUGUAACCUCAAGGAGGAAAGCCACAUCUAUUGCCUGGAAUGUGUCUACCUGCUGCUGAUGUCAUAUGGCUGCAAAUAUGUUAGUGGAAAACAAUCUAAUGUAAUUUUUGCCCAAUCAGCACCAUGUAUCAAUCUAGUUGUAAAUCACUAUGGAUUUGAAAUAAAAUCAUAAACACAGAGACACACACUCUUCAGCUCAUAUCUAUUGAGAUUCCUGUUAAGAGAGAUUUUCAUUGUCUGAUAACUAAAGUUUUGGGAUAAACUAUCAUCAAGCAAAAUGGAUUAACUAGACAGAGAACAGUUUCUUACACAGACUGUGGUGGAAAUCUCUUUGAAAGUCCUUUGAGUAUAUACGAAUAAUCCCAACUCAUGCAUUCUACUGCUUGGAGUAGCUGUACCAGUAAAUAAUACCGUAGGACUAAAUACUUGUUAAAGUGGGGAAAAAAUGUGUGUCUAGAGUUCAGUAUUCCUUGCUAUAUGAACACAGCAAAGCAUAGUGACUUUUUUCCAGCAUACAGUAGGCACAUUCAAGGUGGUGUUAGGUGGCUCUUUUUCCAUGGAGUGAGCCUGUUACCAGUAAAGAUGGGCAAACAUUUGGAAUUUACAUGUGGGCAGACAUUCUGGUUUUAUGUUUCUCUGACUCUUUAAGCUCUGAUUCUUUAAACCUGGUUGAGUUUAGUCCAGCAAAGCUAUUUUAAAAUCCUCCCAAUGAUCUUUAGAAAGGAAAAUGCCUCGUGAAGGACAUGUAAGUUAUAAGUGGCUGUCUUAUCUUUAUUACAAAAUAUUGUAACAAAUUCAAUAUCCUAGUCUUGAUUUGUAUGAAUGGUUUGUAUUGUACAUAAUUUAACCAGUGUUAUUUGAGCUGCUUAUUAAUAUUAACUUGUAAUUGUCUCUCUGCUUGUUAUUGGUUAAAAACAAUCAAGGAAAUGAGGAAUCCAUUUUAUCAAUGUAGCUGUAAACUCAUUAAAAGACAGAACUAUGUACAAAGCAUUUAUUCAGCUAAAGUAUUGUUGAAAGCUAUACAUAUAAACAUUACAGUCUGUCUGUACUUAGAUAUUUUAUUUCCAAACAAAAAAAUGAGCUGUACAUAAAAAUAAAAGAAAUCUUAAAGUUGAGUUUCAAUAUGUACUGUGUAGAUGGUAGUUUAAAUGAUUUGGAAAAGUGGGUAACAUUCCAAAUCUGACAUGGUUUUCAAUCUUGCCUCUUUGCAUAUGUACAUAUAUUUAUAAAUUUGCGUGUGGGCAUGUUUGUGUGUGUAUAUAUACGUGUGUGCAUAAGAGUAUGUGUAAAUACUUGUAGACAUAUAUGGAGAAUAUAUAAAAACUUCUCAGGCCCGAUUCUUAGCAAGAAAAUGUCAUUACUAUGAAGGGUGUUGAUAACUUGAGUGGAAGACCCCGUUCAGAUGAAUUACAAAAUUUAGGAUUUGUUUGAAAUGAGUCAUUAGUGUUUAGAAGUGGGGAAACAUGAUGCCACACUGUUUUCAGGCCUGCAAUUGCCUUAAUUCUAGCCUCCUCUGAGGCACUGAUUUCUCUUUAUGGAAUGAAGAGAUUCCUGUAUAUGGAUUAAGGGAAUUUUCUUAAUAUGAAUGAAAAACUCCUAGCUUUUAUGGAUUUUUGUGCGUAUACUGGCACACUUUACCCUUACUAGCCGGUUAACAAGUGACUAUAGCAACGCCAUGAUUAAAACAAGGCUGCCUAAGGAAGAACUCAGUAUUUCUUCUCUUAUCUGUCAGAAUUAUCCUUCCUAGCAAUGCUUCCUUCCCCCUCUCACUCUUACCCCAGGUUCUGUGCUCUUCUGUCAAAGCUGUGAAUACAGAGAUGGGUCAGCUUCCAAAUGUGCACAACAUCAUGAGCAUCUUCUACAAAGUCCCAAUAAACAAUCUACUAAUGUUUCAAGAAGUGAGAAGUUUGAAACAAUAUCCAGUUGUGGACAUCUCUUGCUGAAACAUGCAGAACAUAAACGAGAAUGAAACAAAGUGAAUAAAUAAUAUGUUUGACAAGUAAACAUUUUCCUAAUAAUGUACAAGUAGGAGAGGAGACUUGCAUAUUAUUAAUGCUUUGGGUCCUUCAAACGUAUAUGCCUGUGUGAAUUAUUUCUUCAUUAUAUGUGACUUUCCAAAGACAACCUUGUGGUCCUGGACCAUGUGUAGAUUUAGAGAAAGAAAAUGUCCAAGCCAUACAGUCCAGAUUCUGAUUACAUUCAGGUGUAUGUUGGGCUACAGUUCAUUUGUUUUUUCUUUGACAGGAACUGUGAUUUUACUAGUAGUGUUUCCUCAUUUGUGCUGUAUGGAAAGUAACUGCUGUGAAUAUAUACCACAGUGUAAUACAUUCUAUGACUAGGAGUAAAAUCUUGGCUCCAUUGAAGUCAAUGAAAAUUUUGCUAUCUAGUUAGAUAGGGUACUAAUUUACAUUUAAUAGUAUAAAGAUGUCCAGUUUUAAAUAUGAUUAGCAUCCUGUAUUAUGAUUGAACAUUACAUAUGUGGUUUCUUGUUUAUAUUCCUGAAGAGUGAAUGUGAAU